AUGCAAACAGAUACCUACAAUAAUUGUAACAACGGUGCAUUUGCGGCGAACAGGAAUUUCAAACUAGGUUUCCGCAAGCAGUUCAGAGAGGGCGCCGACAGAGCUAAUUUCAAAGGUAAAUCAGCUGGUUCCGUCAGAGGUAGCCAUGUUGAAUGUCAUAGAGAACGUCAAUCGAGUUCAGCAAUAGCUGAUUGUAGUGACAACAAAAAGGAUUUCAGUAACAUUGUAUGUUUCAAAUGCAAAAAGAAUGGAUAUUUUAUGUCAAAAUGCCCCGAUACUAAUAGAUUUGAAGGUGGAUUAAGUGCUGUGUUUACUACAGGAGAUUUUAAAGACACCGACUGGUAUGUUGAUAGUGGCGUCAGUAUGUAUUUGACAGCAUCUAAACAAUGGCUAAAAGAUCAAAGGAAUCCAGAUUUGCCUGAGAUUGUGGUGGCUAACAAAUCUAAAAUUAAAGUGGAAUGUGCUGGUAACGUUGAAAUGAACACAGUCACAGAUAGAGCACACAAAAUAUUGUUGAAAGAAGUCCAAUAUGUCCCAGGUUUGACCACAAAUUUGUUAUCUGUGUGUCAAUUAAUUAGAAACGGAAACAAGGUGUUUUCAUAA